AGAGAGAGAGAGAGAGAGAGAGACUGAGCGAGGCAGGAAGCUGCCUGCAGACUGGGAGUGGUCGGACGUAUAAAAGACAACUCGUCUUCCUUCUUUCUGCAUUUGACUUCUCUCUCGCUCUUCAUUGUACCUGAGACUAUACCUGCACAGUAGUUGGUCAGAAUGUCGUGGGACUCGUAUAUUGCACAGCUACAAGGCCGGGAGGAGGUCAUGGAUGCGGCCAUAUGGGGUCGUGAAGAAGGCAAAGAGAGUGCAUGGGCCGCCUCGCAAGGCCUGAACAAUAUCUCGGCAGCUGAAAUUAAAGCGUUAAACGGUGACAUCAAGAAUGGGUUCAUAAAUGGCAUCAUGAUCGCAGGAAAGAGGUGCACACUGCUCCAAAAUCAGUGGGAGGAUCCUCAGUCCUUGUCCUUGGUCCUGUCCAUGAAGAGUGACGGCCAACCCCACACAGUGUGUGUCGGCAAGACCGAUAAAACUUUUGUCAUUGUUCAGAGCAACCCGGGUGUCAAAGUAGGGCAGAUGCUUUCCGGCGUGUUCCAUAUGACCAAGUACCUGAAGGACAAUAAGUAUUAGGCAAGAUGACGUUUCUCCUCGAUACCCACCAUAAAGAUGGCUCCUUCAGAAUAAAAGACCGCUGUUCAGAGCUCUUUUUGUUUUUGUUUUGUUGUUCAUUAUUUUGACCCUCCAUACACCCAUCAGGGAUAAAGUUUCAUUCCAUGUAAUGAGUGAGUGAUGAACCUGGCUGUACUCUGUGUGGUCGGUGUUUAUAGCAGCGAGCCAGUGUUAACUUUUUUCAUGUUUUAUCUCUGUGCAAACACACUGAAAAAUAAAAAGAUGUUUAUUCUCAGAAA